AUGCUGGGAUUCCCGUUUAUUGCGGAUUUCAUCCAGAGGGUGAAACCGCUGGAAGUGACUGACUCUGUGGAUUUUAUGAAUUACUACUGCACCACACUGUUACUCGCAAUGGCAGCGUUCGCCAUCUCAGCAAAACAGUAUUUCGGCUCGCCGAUUCAGUGCUGGGUACCAAUGGAAUUCCGAGGUGGCUGGGAGAAGUACACUGAAGACUAUUGCUUUAUCCAGAAUUCUUAUUAUGUAUCGAUGGAGGAGGAGAUCCCUAACGAGCUGCACAAACGAAAUGAUCAGAUCAGCUAUUAUCGGUGGGUACCAGUAGUGCAGAUGCUGCAAGCGCUAAUGUUUUUCGCUCCCAACUAUUUCUGGAAUGCUUGUUGUAAGCAGACAGCAAUCCAACCGCAAGCAAUCGUGAAAGAUGCGAAAAAAAUUUCGAUGCUGCGUGGAGAGAACAGGAAGGAUGAAGUAUGCGGACUGGCUGAAUAUAUCAGCGAGACAGUGUCCAUUUUCUCAGGGAGACGAUUUACGAGAUUGCCAUUUCCACGUUUGGGCAAGAAUGCAACAGUACUUUACUUGCUAACCAAGCUAUUUUACGUGAUGAAUAUCGUUGCUCAAUUCUUCCUCUUGAAUCAUUUCCUCGAAGAAAACUUCUUGCUCUGGGGAUUCCAGGUAGCGCUUCGCUUCAGAACAUUUACUUUAUUUGUACUGGGAGAUGUGAUAUCUCGCAGGGAGUGGCAAGAAUCAUCUGUUUUUCCACGUGUAAUCAUGUGCGACUUCGAGGACCAUCGUCCGAAACAUAUUCUGAUUGUCUCUGUAUGUGAACCGCAUCAGACAGCGUAUGUAUAUGAGGAGAGUGAGAUUUGGCUGCGUUCACUUCAGGUGCGACGCCUGGCUAACAUCCAUCGACACUCGGUGCAGUGUGUUAUCAUGCUGAAUAUGAUCAAUGAAAAGUUCUAUUUCUUCCUCUGGUUCUGGUUCCUUAUCGUUGGCUUCUGUACGAUCGUUAAUUUUUUCUAUCAUCUGAUUGUGAUGACUGUGCCACGAGCACGCAUGCGGCUUGUUCUUUGGAAUAUUCGCAAAAUAGAAUGGGAGGUUAGUGCAUUUCAUUUCUGA